AUGGCAUCAGGCAGCCCUCAGAAUGUCAUCCGCAGGAAACUCGUCAUCAUCGGCGACGGUGCUUGCGGGAAAACCAGUUUACUGAGCGUCUUUACUUUGGGUUUCUUCCCAGCCAUACCCACCGUAUUCGAGAACUACGUUACCGACUGCCGAGUAGACGGAAAGUCGGUUCAGCUAGCGCUAUGGGAUACAGCCGGACAAGAAGACUAUGAGCGAUUACGACCACUAGCAUACUCGAAGGCGCAUGUCAUUCUAAUAGGGUUUUCUGUCGACACGCCAGAUUCUUUGGACAAUGUUAAACACAAGUGGGUCACCGAGGCCAAUGACAGAUGUCCCAAUGUUCCCAUCAUUUUGGUUGGUCUCAAGAAGGAUCUUAGGGGAGAUCCAGUUGCCAUCGAAGAAAUGCGGAAGCGAUCCCAACGAUUCGUGAUGGAGGACGAAGGCCAGAGGAUAGCAAAGGAGAUUGGCGCUCGAAAGUACCUCGAAUGUUCCAGUCUUACCGGAGAAGGUGUUGACGACGUAUUCGAGGCAGCCACGCGAGCGGCGCUGCUAACGUUCGAGAAGAAGGAAGGAAGCGGGUGCUGUGUGAUUCUAUGAGGAGCAAGGGAUAGGGGGAUCCAUUUGAAGCCUCUCCAUUCGCCAUCCUUUCUCUCGGACGAUCGUGCGCAAGGAUUUGAGAACAAGCGCGGCUGCAGCCGAGACGAGCACAGUCAGUUUUUGAUUCGCGGAUGACUGGUAUAUAUGGCUUCAAACUCGAAAGGGAACGGGAGUGGGGAUCAAAAACCACAAAGGAGACUCCCUCUUUGGCUUGGUUGAAAAGAGCAGGGACCUGCAGCCGCUUGGCUGGAGGGCUCUUCAGUCUGAACUCUCCGCAACUCGACAGACGCACAUGCUCUCUCCGAACUCGUUGAAGCCGACUUGACGGGUCCGACCUCGCCUCACACUCUCCCCACAUCAACCUUGUUGCUCAACAUGGCAUCAAAUGCCGGGACGAAGAAUGACCAUAAUGAUCCACAUGGGUUUCAUUUUCAUUCAGCCAGAUGGUUAGGCAGGAGUAAGGGACGCGGCACAU